AUGUACAUCCCGCAUCUCCUCCGUACCCUUGGUACCCUAACCCCCCUCCCGCAAACCAAUCCCCUAAUCCCCCGCGACGAAUCCCCUCCAACCUCCGCCCACAAUGCGGGAUUCUGGGAAGUACAAUUUAAUUUCUGGGGAACAAUUCUCGCAUUUCUAGUCGCCAUAGGUAUUAUCACCGGAAUCCUCACUUGGUGUUUAGUAUGUCGCGGCAAGCGAAUGCAAAAGAAACUUGCAAAAGCAAAGGAAAAGGAAUUAGAGGAGGAAGAAAGGAGGAAGAGGGAAUUGGUUGGAAGGGUUGUUGCAGGGGAUGGAGGAAGGGAGAGUGAAGUUUCUAGACCCUUGACGGCGGGGAGUGGGAGUUUAGAUGAAAAGGAAUUGGAGAUUCCGAUUCCGAUUUUCCAUUCUAGGGAUGUGCUUGCGGAUAAACGUGGAAGUACACAUACGACUAUUACGAAUGUGUAUGGAGUUCUGGGUAUGGAGUUAGGAUCUGUGGAUGGAUUUGAAUUGGGCAUUUGA